AUGCAAUCGUAUCUUCACGAACUGUUGCAGGAACAUCACACCUUUGCCCGCGAUGUUAAAGUUGUUCAGGAUAAUGCCAAGGUUCUAACGAAUGAUUCGUCCUCGUCCAUGCUGUUUCUGCUGCAGCAACAAGAUAAUGAUAACUGGGCAGCAAAACUGACGAAUGCUAGUAUCGAUGGGAUGAUGGAACCGCAAGACAAUACGGGAAUAUCACGAUGGGAAAACCAGGAACCAUCACCAUCAAGCCGGCAGAGAAACAAUAACAAAAAGUUACCAAAUGAUAAGCUGUUCAAGAAGAAAAAGAACGAAUCAUCUGUUCAGAAAAAGAAAUCAAAGGAAAGUUCUUCGACAUCUGCCAAGAAUAAGAUGAUUCCAUUUGCCAAACAAUCCAUUCGCCGAAGCAUUAGUGAUAGUAAGAAUAUGCAAGACACUCUCCGAAAGCGAGCCAUGGAGCUCCUACUAGCAACUAGUGGCACUUUUACUGCUGGGUCCAAAGAAGGAGGAGGAGGAGGAGACUUUGCAAAAAAGGGCAUGAUUCGACGUAACAGUUGGAGUCAUCAGAAAUUGCAUCAGUCCCGAGAUUGGGAAGAAUUCAGCGGUUCUCAUGAGCUUACCAUUCCUGUUCGUAGGACGAGUGGCGAAAUGAGCGAAGAGUUCAAGUGGGACGAUGGCGAUGCUGUUGCUGGUGUUGCUAGUACCACAAGUAUCAGCGAACAGCAGCAGCGACAACACAAAAGCCUCGAGUUUACAAACCAUUCUCUCAGGCAACCAGACGAACAGGGCAUCAACAACAACGUGGACCCCACAAAAUACAAAGAUACCAGGCUCAAAGUUCCUACUCGGCGGAAUACUUUUCAAGACACUCCCUUGUUUGACGAAGACGAGGAUUCAUUCACUGAUGGUGAUACUGCUGAUGCCGACUUGUCUUCCUCCCCGCCGCCAUCAUCCACAAUAAAUAGCUGGUAUCAUCAUCGUCAAAAGAAGAGCACUGCGGCUUCUCACAUCCAAGAGGCUUCGGACAUUACAGCAAUGUAG